UCGCUGCUGUGCGGCUGCCGGCUGAAUUGGUCUGAGGAGACGCGGGGACCAAGAGGCAGCGACUAGGACAUCUGAGCUGUCGCUGCCGAAAACAGGUCCGCAAGAGAGGUUCGUGAGCAGCAGCCGCCCUCCCGCUGUCCCGCUGCCCUUUGAGCGGGGAUUGGGGUGAGGAAGACGAGUCGUUGCUACUUCCUUCAGACACCCCGUUAUUUUGCGGUCAGAGGGCUGAACCGGUCGGGGCCAGAUAAUCAAUAUGCGUUUCCAAGCCUUUUGGCUGUGUUUGGGUCUUCUGUUCAUCUCAAUUAAUGCAGAAUUUAUGGACGAUGAUGUUGAGAUGGAAGACUUGGAAGAAAAUUCUAAAGAGAUUGAUGAUAAUGAAGGUGAACUUUCCACAGAGAUAAAAUAUAAGACACCUCAACCUAUAGGAGAAGUAUAUUUUGCAGAAACUUUUGAUAGUGGAAGGUUGGCUGGAUGGGUCUUAUCAAAAGCAAAGAAAGAUGACAUUGAUGAGGAUAUUUCAAUAUACGAUGGAAGAUGGGAAAUAGAAGAGUUGAAAGAAAACCAGGUACCUGGUGACAGAGGACUGGUAUUAAAAUCUAGAGCAAAGCAUCAUGCAAUAUCUGCUGUAUUAGCAAAGCCCUUCAUUUUUGCUGAUAAGCCCUUGAUAGUUCAAUAUGAAGUAAAUUUUCAAGAUGGUAUUGAUUGUGGAGGUGCAUACAUUAAACUCCUAGCAGACACUGAUGAUUUGAUUCUGGAAAACUUUUAUGAUAAAACAUCCUAUACCAUUAUGUUUGGACCAGACAAAUGUGGAGAAGAUUAUAAACUUCAUUUUAUCUUCAGACAUAAACAUCCCAAAACUGGCAUUUUUGAAGAGAAACAUGCCAAACCUCCAGAUGUAGACCUUAAAAAGUUCUUUACAGACAGGAAGACGCAUCUUUAUACCCUUGUGAUGAAUCCAGAUGACACAUUUGAGGUGUUAGUUGAUCAAACAGUUGUAAACAAAGGAAGCCUCUUAGAGGAUGUGGUUCCUCCUAUCAAUCCUCCCAAAGAAAUUGAAGAUCCCAGUGAUAAAAAACCUGAGGAAUGGGAUGAAAGAGCAAAAAUUCCUGAUCCUUCUGCCAUCAAACCAGAAGACUGGGACGAAAGUGAACCUGCCCAAAUAGAAGAUUUAAGUGUUGUUAAACCUGCUGGCUGGCUUGAUGAUGAACCAAAAUUUAUCCCAGAUCCUAAUGCUGAAAAACCUGAUGACUGGAAUGAAGACAUGGAUGGAGAAUGGGAAGCACCUCAGAUUCUUAAUCCAGCAUGUCACAUUGGGUGUGGUGAGUGGAAACCUCCCAUGAUAGACAACCCAAAAUACAAAGGAGUAUGGAGCCCUCCACUGGUCGAUAAUCCUAACUACCAGGGAAUCUGGAGUCCUCGAAAAAUUCCUAAUCCAGAUUAUUUUGAAGAUGAUCAUCCAUUUCUUCUGACUUCCUUCAGUGCUCUUGGUUUAGAGCUUUGGUCCAUGACCUCUGAUAUCUACUUUGAUAAUUUUAUUAUCUGUUCGGAAAAGGAAGUAGCAGAUCACUGGGCUGCAGAUGGUUGGAGAUGGAAAAUAAUGAUAGCAAAUGCUAAUGAGCCUGGUGUAUUAAAACAGUUAAUCGCAGCUGCUGAAGGGCACCCAUGGCUUUGGUUGAUUUAUCUCGUGACAGGAGGAGUGCCAAUAGCAUUAAUUACUUCAUUUUGUUGGCCAAGAAAAGUAAAGAAGAAAUAUAAAGAUACAGAGUAUAAAAAACCCGACAUAUAUAUACCACAAACAAAGGGAGUACUCGAGCAAGAAGUAACGGAAGAGAAAGCAGCCCUGGAAAAACCAAUAGACCUGGAAGAGGAAAGAAAGCAAAGUGAUGGUGAAAUGCUUGAAAAAGAAGAGGAAGAUGAACCUGAGGAAAAGAGUGAAGAAGAAAUCGAAAUCAUAGAAGGGCAAGAAGAACUUAAGAAAUCAAAUAAGUCUGGAUCAGAGGAUGAGAUGAAAGAAGCAGAUGAGAGCACAGGAUCUGGAGAUGGGCCAAUAAAGUCAGUACGCAAAAGAAGAGUACGAAAGGACUAAAGUAGAUUCAAGUAUUUUUAAUUCCUGAGAGAUGUUUGGCAUUCUAAAAUCAGCAUGCCAGACCUGAACUUGAAUCAAUCUGCACAUCCUGUUUCUAAUAUCUAGCAACAUUAUUCUUUCAGAUGUUUAUUUUAGUCCUUCAUUUCAGUGGAAAAGGCAACUCUGAAGUUACCUGGUCUUUGAAUUUAAAACAAAAGUGGCUCAUUACAUAUUGGAUCUAAGAUAUUAAUACCAUUACAAGUUUACACAGUUUUAGUUGUUCUAAGAUAGUUUUGGUUUGUACAGAACAAAAUAAUAUGUAGCAGCUUCACUGCUAUUGAAAAAAUCAGUUACUGGAAUUUCCAAUUAAAUGGCUAUACAACAAUGUAACUGGUAGUUCUAUAGUAAAAAUGAGCAUGUGUUCUGUUGUACAGAGCUAAAUGCAAUAAAGUUUCUGUACAGUUGUUUGAUUCUAUCAACAAUUGAAA